AUGAGUCCUAUCACUUCCGGAACCGUUGUUCCAAAGGUCAGUCUCACGAAUACCCCUAGUUCGCCCUUGGAGAAAGAAUUGUUUGAUUUACCGCCAAAAAGCAAUAAGGUUUCAAUAUCAAACCAAACCACCAAUAGUACUCGUCCAAAUGCUGCAACUUCACCGUCAACCACCACUUCCACAACUCUCGCACCAAAAAAGCCAUCAGUAAUUGAUGCAGGACAAUUGAAUCAAGACGCAUCCUCAGCAGAUGGUAGUAACACAGCCGUUAAAAUGAAACAAUUGAAAGAAGAACGUCAAAUCGAGACCGUAGCCGGUUCACAAAACUUACCUGCCCCAUCUGCAGAAAAAACAGUCCCUGUUUCUAUAGUAGCAAUCACUCCUGCCCCCAAAGUUAAAACUACAGCUAAUACCAGUUCCAGUAACACCAACCGAACAGUCGAGUUGAAACAAAACGGAACCACUGGUCCCCCUUUUGUCACUCUCAACUCCACUGGGACAACUGAAAAUGAAAACCAUUUCAAUAUUUCCCUUCUUCGCACCACUCAGUCCGCUUCAGUGAACUCAACAAUCGCACCAGCUAGUACAACUUCCACUGUGAGAAUAUAUGCACCAUCGACUGCGAAGCAGUCCGUUGUCAAUAGAACCACUCCACUGUCACAUUCGACAACUCCACCACCUCCAAAUGCAACAACCGCAAGGUCUACCGUAACAGCUCAGAUACCGGUGGUAAUACGUACGUCUGAGCACCAUCGAAUUGUGGAGCACUCAGCCUCUCCGAAUUUUGCCAGAGGAUUCCUAUUCACACAACCACUGCAACCAAUUCAACGGGUUUAUUGUCUUCUAAGCGCCCUUGGGCUAAUUACCUGGUUACUGUCGCUGACACUGACCGGUUGGUGCCGAGGGUUGCGGUGUAUCAAGCAGUCUUCCUCCACGGGAGAACAAAUGCGAAUGCGUGCCAGGGCACGAAGAGCAUUGUCUCACAGCGAUGACACUCGACCGCUCGUUUCCAAUGAGGUUGAUGAUGCUACCGAGGAAUCAGCUUACGGACACUGGUUACCGGCUCCUAGGAAUGCACCGGGAAUCGUCACGAGCCCGUCACAUUCUCGGGAUAAUUCGGAUGAAGAUACUCUAUAUGUUUCCGCACAGGAUUUCGUCCUUGGUCGCGACCAAGAUCCCACCGAGCAUCAGCCUUCUGGACCGGGAAAGGUUGUACGCCAAGGCGGUCAGUUUGACGUCUCCAGGCAUGCACCAUUUGCAACACAGUGGCCCCAAGUCAGUUGGCCAGCGGACGCCUGGUUACUUUUGGCUGAAUUCUUCAGCACCGGGUUGGAAACUGCUUUUGGCGGAUUUGUACAUUCUUUCACUGUUCGCCAUCUCUUUUGGAGUUCGGUAAGUAAUGCCGGUUCAAUACCACGCCUAACCUAUCGGGGUCCAUGUGGUUCGCCACUCAAAGUCCCGGGGCUUAGGUUGCCGAUUUCAAUCACUGAACAGCAGGUCCUCAUGACUUUGGGGUCCGCCCCGUCUUCUGUUCAUCACACCUAA